AUGAAUCCGAAUGGCUUUCAACCUUUAUCUUUAAAGGAAGAUUCCUUUGAAAAUAAUGAUGAAGAAUUACAAAAUAAAAUAAAUAUGAAAAUUAAAGACCCAAUGGAAUUAUUAAACGAGGAAUUUAAUUUAAAUUCAUUAAUUAACCAAAGAUUUUUUCCAAAUAGAAAAAAUAUUAAAAAUCCAAUGGAAUUCUUUCAGACUUUAUUUGAUAAAUGGAUUAAUUUAACAAAAAAUUUCAAUUUUGGAUUAUUAAUGGCCAGUCCAUUCAAUAAAUUGGGAGGACAUAUCCAAGCAAUUGUUGUUGCUGGUGGGACAGGAAAAGGUGAAGGAGAAGGAGAGGAAAAAGUAAAGGCUAAACAAAUAUUCAAUGGAGAACCAUCAACGUUUUGUGAACCUCCAUUUGUGUAUAAUUGUCCAGAAAAUUCGUUAUUCUGUUUUAUUUGCAAGAAAAGCCUCCACGGAUCAAUCAACAAUGUACAUCGUUCUUCUUCUUCUGACGAUAAAAUUUAUUUAGAAAUUAGUGGGACAGAAUUUGAAAUAUUUUUUGUUUAUAAAGAAGAACAAAAAGUCCCCUCAAAUGAUACAAAAUGGAUAGAAACUUUAAUGAGGAAAAUUUACAAAAAUUUAAAUAAAGAAGGGGUUGUUGACAAACAACAAAAUUCCUCAAUUCUUUAUAACCUUUCUUUAUUUAAAACUUUUGAAUUUUUGGAGAAUUUAUUAAAAAAUAAAAAUGAAAAAGAAAAAAAUAUUUUUAAUCAGUCAUUUAUUUAUUUAAAAAAUUGGGCAAAAGGUUGUUUUUGUAAAUUUGGAAAAUUAAAAUUAAAUUUUAAUUUUAAAAUUUUAGAAAAUAAUAUUUAUAAUAGUCAAGAGGGAUUUCUCGAUGGAAAUUCUAUUUCUUUAAUGUUGACAAAAGUAAUUUUGUUAUAUCCUGGAGCUAAUUUAUUUGAAUUGUUGGAAAGAUUUUUCUUUACAUAUUCUACAUGGUAUUUUUAA